UCCCAGUAUAUUUCCUAUCCAAACUUGGCUUUCGACAACAACCACGCUUUAACAUUCCGAGUAGAAUUGCCUCUAUCCUGUAUAAAUAUAUGUUAGCUGAAAAAGCAAUGAGUUAUUUGUAAUUUAAAGGAAUUGUCUAUAGCUUCGUUUCAAGAAAGAAGCGAAUUUUCAGAUUCAAAAAGAAGUACUUUCAUCAGCUUACAUUGGCUACUUAUGAGAUCAGGUUUCUUCUUUUCUAUACCUUUUAUUGUGCUUUUUUUUAUUUCUAGCAUUCAGAUCUGUCAUUCAUUGUCGAAUCCCAAGCCUCAUAAUUCUGCUAAUGAUUUAAUACUGUUAUCUUCCCCGAGCUUACCGCAAGAUUAUGACAAUAGACAAUCCCUUUCACCGUCUUUAGAUGUCUCUAAAAGCUUUGCGGAGGCAAAAUUACAUAACGUCUUCCUUGUUUCUACCAUCGAUGGCCUUUUGCACGGCUACGAUCGGUCAUCUGGCCAUAGGUUAUGGUCACUCGGAGAGACUGAAAAUAUUUCCGGUCUUCAAGAAGAUGAAGCCAUUAAGUUUGGCUUUCCGGUUCUUCCAAGAAACGAGAUAAGGCAACUGGCUCCAUCAUCUCUUAAAUCAUUAUCUGGCGAUAAGUCUUUAAGAGCUCCACAAACAGCUUCGUAUGUCUCUAGUAAUGAUACACUAUGGUUUGUGGAACCUAAAUUAGGGGGAAUCUUAUAUGCUUUUAACACCAAGACUGGUUUGGUUCGACUUCCUCAUAGUCUUCGUAAUCUGGUCAGUGCAUCUCCCGUACGCCUACUGGAUAACAACAUCUUUGUUGGAAGUAAGAAAACAACAUUGUUUACGAUAGAUGCUUUAAGUGGAAAGGUUCUUUCUCAAUAUGAUUCCAGGGGAAGUGCCCUGACUACUGAUUCCGCUACUUCUACCGUUGCAUCUUCAUAUGAUGCAUCUAUUCCAAAUCGUUUGCUCAAAUUAGAAGACUUAGGAGGCAAAGGAGACGCUGAAUUUUUUCAGACGAACACCAAUAAUAAAGCAGCUGAUGAUUUGGACAUGUUAGAUGAAAAUCAGCGAGAAGCGCCACGGUCAGGCAAAGCAAUUAUAGAUAUUGCCAGAACUGAAUAUACCGUUAGCAUUUAUCAGGAUUCUUCUCUUCUUUUGGAUAUUGUUUUUUCUGAAUGGAGUCCUAGCAAGAGUGACUUAAUUCACAGUUCUUCUUACUCAGCCCCUUUAGAUUCCAAAUUGGCGUUUCCUAAUGCCGAUAAUAAUUUAAUCGUUUUAGAUUUGAAAAGAAAACGUGUUAUUCAAACUGUUAAUCUCGCUCUUCCCGCUACUUCCGUCUUCGAUGUUGUAUCAUUUCCAGAAGCAUACGGAGAUAAAUGCGAUCGUUCUCCUAAUUCAUUGUUGCUUCAUCAACCAAUUGAUGUAUUUAUUCAUAAUAUGUUUCCAAAUUUAUUUUCAAACGAUUCUGAAAGCGUUUAUCUUAACACUCUUUCUAAUUACAAUUGGUACGCUAUGUCAACAAAGCAAUUUCCUCUUGUUUCUGCAGUUCCAAAUGCCGCGUGUUAUUUGUACCAGGGAUUACAUGUACCCAUUAGCAGUAUCAUGGGAUUACAUCCACUUAAAACUACGGAAAUUCCUUUACUUUCUUUACCAACUGAUUGUUUCCCUGAAUACCAUUUAGAGGGAGCAGGAUCUGAUAAAUUGGUUCCUCCCUCUCAAAGUAAAAUUCCUUUGUUGGAUGCGAGUGACAGUGAUUCGGCUUCCAAAUCUAAAUUGCUCUGGUUCAUUUUUCUUGGCAUUUCUCUGACAGCUAGCCUCUUAAUUUUUGUUUCACGGAAGCAAAAUUUUGGAACUAAGGCUGCCGCAGCGGAAACUUCUAAUAAUGGUAUAAUAGAUGUGACAAAGGCUGGUAUAGCUAAACGACGUCGCAGAAACCGAAAAAAGAAAAGGAUUAGUGAUGAACAUGAACGUGGAAACGUGCCAGAUGCACUCGACCAAGAAACAGUAAUGGUACAAACUGAUAAUGACAAGGAAACUGACACAGUCGGUAACAUAAGGCCUGUUAUCCAGAACACUACGAGUGAAAAUGCUGACGGCUCUUUGACUAUGAAUUCUUUAACUAUUUUCCCCGAAAUACUUGGGUAUGGGAGCCAUGGUACUAUUGUAUAUCGAGGAAAAUACGAAGAUAGAGAUGUCGCUGUGAAACGUAUUCUUUUGGAUUUCUAUGAGUUGGCUACAAGAGAGAUUCAGCUUCUUCAAAAAAGUGACGAUCAUCCAAACAUUGUUCGCUACUAUUGCAGACAACAAAGUGAUAGAUUCCUUUAUGUUGUUGUCGAAUUAGGUGAAUGCACUUUAGCUGAUUUGAUAGAGCAUCCUCUGAUUUACCAUGAUAUGGUACAGGGAAUAGACAGGAUUGGUUUGUUGUACCAAAUCGCACUGGGAUUGAGACACCUUCACAGCCUAGAUUUAGUUCAUCGUGAUUUGAAGCCGCAGAAUAUUUUACUCUCCCGAAAGGUUGCAAACAACUCCAAUUUCAUUAUCAAACCUUUAAUAUCUGAUUUUGGAUUAAGUAAGAAAGUGAAUAUCAAUCAAAGUACAUUUCAUACUUCCACUUUUGAGACUGCAGGCUCUUAUGGAUGGCGUUCUCAGGAGAUUCUUCGAGGUUUAAUAUCAAAAGAAGCCAAUGAAUUUCGCUGUACGAGUCAAGAAGGGAAGAUUCGUCAAGCAAGCCAUGCAACUGAUAUUUUCGCUUUAGGAUGUAUUUUUUAUUUCACUCUUUCCGGUGGCAAACAUCCGUUUGGGAAUCAAUAUGAAUGCGAAUCUAAUAUACUAAAAGGGGAAUUUAAUCUUGAGGAACUUGACUUGAUGGGUGAAUAUGGAGCUUUGGCUAUUGACUUAAUAUCUGAGAUGAUUAGUUUUAGCCCUAAGGACCGUCCAUCCAUAGAGAGUAUAAUUAACCAUCCGUUUUUCUGGGAUUACGCCAAAAAACUCGAUUUCUUAAUCGACGUAUCUGAUAGGUUCGAAGUGGAAGAGCGUGAUCCCCCUUCGCCCUUGCUUCAGUGUUUAGAGAAUAAUGCACAAUUAGUUGUUGGUGAAAAUUGGAUGGCCGAUUUACACAGCUCACUAAUAGACAAUCUUGGAAGGUAUCGAAAAUACGAUGGUUCUAAGGUUUUAGAUAUACUUCGAGUUUUAAGAAAUAAGAGGCAUCACUAUCAGGAUUUACCAGAGAAUGUGCGUGCUAUAUUGGGAAGCGUUCCUGAUGGUUUUACUGCAUACUUUACGGAAAAGUUUCCGUCGUUACUUUUGCAUUGUUUUCAUGUAAUUAAAGCAGAGAUAAUUGAUGAACCGCAAUUUAAACGUUAUUUUCAAUGCUAGUUCGGUCAUGCCGGGAGACUGACAAUUUUUGUUUGUCUGGUUCUCAUUUGUUUUUAUUUUUUUGUUGUGCUAUGGAAAGGAAGUAAUCAUAAUAAUUUAGACAUAAUGUUUUUAGAACUUUUAGAAUUAAUAGACUUUGAAAAUUCGUUUAGGUGUUAUAGGUAUAG